GGCUGUUUGCUCCGGAGGCCGGAUAAAAAGCCCGGGGUGGGAGCGCGGCGGGUGCGGAGCGGAGCCGGGCCCGGCGCGGGGUUAAAAGUCUGAAGGAGGUCAUCUUCCCAGGCAGCCAUGGCACCCACACUGGCUACAGCGCAUCACCGGCGCUGGUGGAUGGCAUUCACAGCCAUCAUUGAGAACCUGCUCUUCUCUGCUGUGCUGCUGGGCUGGGGCUCCCUCCUCAUCAUGCUGAAAGCAGAAGGGUUUUAUUCCUACCUGUGCCACGAAUCAGGAAACGCCACCAGCAGCCCUGAGUAUGAGAACAGCACAGCUUCAGAGCACAAAUGGCCUACCUGCAAUGCCCAGGAUGAAAUGCUGAACUUGGCCUUCACCAUUGGCUCCUUCCUGCUCAGUGCAAUCACCCUCCCCCUGGGAAUUGUCAUGGACAAGUACGGCCCUCGCAAGCUGCGGCUGCUCGGCAGUGCCUGCUUUGCUGUGUCCUGUGUGCUGAUUGCCUACGGUGCCAGCAACCCAGACUCUCUGUCUGUGCUGAUAUUCAUUGCUCUGGCUCUGAAUGGCUUUGGUGGGAUGUGCAUGACAUUCACUUCGCUUACGCUGCCCAACAUGUUUGGUGACCUUCGCUCCACGUUCAUUGCUCUGAUGAUUGGCUCCUACGCUUCUUCUGCUGUGACUUUUCCAGGAAUCAAGGUUAUAUAUGACUUUGGGGUCUCCUUCAUCCUCAUUCUGCUUGUCUGGGCAAGCUGUGCAGGACUAGUUUUCCUCAACUGUUUCUUCAAUUGGCCACUGGAGCCUUUCCCAGGACCAGAAGACAUGGACUACUCUGUGAAAAUAAAGUUCAGCUGGCUGGGAUUUGACCACAAAAUCACUGGGAAACAGUUUUACAAGCAAGUGACGACUGUGGGGAGACGUCUCAGCGUGGGGAGCUCCAUGAAAGGCCCCAAGGAGCCGACAGCCUUGCAAGAAAACAACAAGCUCUGUCUGUCUACGGUGGACCUAGAAGUGAAGUGCCAGUCUGACAAUGCAGCUUCUCCUUCCUUCAUGAAGAGUGUCUUCAGCCCUAUCUUGUUGCUCAGCCUUAUCACCAUGUGUGUCACUCAGCUGCGGCUCAUCUUCUACAUGGGAGCCAUGAAUACCAUCCUGGAGUUUCUGUCUGGAGAUGAAGAUCAAGUGGCUCUCUACACAUCCAUUUUUGGGGUGCUGCAGCUGCUGUGCUUGCUGACAGCACCUGUGAUCGGGUACAUCAUGGACUGGCGGCUGAAGGAGUGUGACGACGGCUCCGAGGAGACGGAGGAGAGCAGCGCUGAGCAAAGUGACAAGAAAAAGAAGCGUGAUCGACAAAUCCAGAAGAUCACCAAUGCCACCAAUGCCUUUGCCUUCACAAAUGUCCUGCUGGUGGGCUUUGGGAUCACCUGUCUCAUUCCUAAUCUACCCUUGCAGAUCCUUUCCUUCAUUUUGCACACAAUUGUGAGAGGAUUCAUCCACUCAGCUGUGGGAGGCCUCUAUGCAGCUGUAUACCCCUCGACUCAGUUUGGCAGCUUGACAGGGUUGCAGUCGUUGAUCAGUGCCCUUUUUGCCCUUCUGCAGCAGCCUCUUUUUAUGGCAUUGACGGGACCAUUGGAAGGAGACCCUCUUUGGGUGAAUGUUGGCUUGCUCGGUCUGAGCUUCCUGGGUUUCUGCCUUCCCAUCUACCUGGUCUGCUACAGACGCAGGCUAGAGAGAGAAAAAAAGCAGAAGAUGGAAGAUGCCAAACUCUUCUUCAAAAUCAAUGGCACUCCCAAUGAAGAAGCCUUUGUUUAAACUGGUGCUUCAAACAACCUCCCCUGUACAGGUUCCUACUAUAUCCGUGGGUUCUACCUGUGGUGUAAGCCAGGCCUUUUCUCCCCUGGCUCUGCCAGUCUUUGCUCGUCACUGGAGUGAGGGCCGGACGGCAUGACUGAGCUUUCCUCAGAUGUAUGGCAGGAGGAGACUUCCCACUCCUUACUCCAGGACAUGUGACACUUCUCUUUUUUUUUUAUAAAGGCCACACAGAUAUUGUGUCUUAAAUUAUCCCCUGAUCACACUCUCCAGCAGCAGAGUCUCUGCACAGGAAACUAGGGAGAGAAGGAACAGAAGGAUGGGGGAAGAGGGAAGAAAGACCAUCAUUUGCGUUUGUAAAUGUAACACACUGAACUGUUUUCUCCUCCUCUUCCCUCAACCUUGGCUGACACUGUCUCAGAUGCAAGCUGCACUCCCAUCCCUCCCUGAAGCUUCAUAAUGGUCAAAUCCAGCUUGAUAUGCAGCUGGACUCAGUGGUUUCAUUGUCUAUCCAGACAUACCCCAGACUGCUCCUGAGGCCGGGAAGGGGAUUUUAUUCCUAUGUGUAUGAGCACAGCUUCAGUGUAUUGCUAAAUGUUGGCUGCUAGCACUGACAGCUCCCAAGCAUUUUAUUACUGCAAAUGAAUGACACAGACUGUGAGCAAUGGAUCUGCUUUCCACACUGAAAUGAAGAGCCUAGUGGACUGCUUGGUCCUAGACCAGACCUUCAAAGGCCAGAAAUUCCUCUUCAUCCUGGCCUGCAAACCACUUGUAUGUGUUUCUAAAUUGUCUGCAGUCCUGGAAGCUUUGAGAUAGGAAUUGGAUCUUGUUUACCGAUGAAGUGCUUUGAGACUUGUUGCCUUUUGCCUCUUCUUCCCCUCAACGUGACCCUGGGAGGGAAGCAGCAGUGUGUAUUUACUAAAGUGAAGACCUUCUUGAAGCAGAGCUCUGGGGCUACAAAUACCUUGGUGUUGCAAGUGAUCUGACUUGCUGUUGAAAAGAAUCAAGAGUGCAGAACACUCCUUUGUCUGGUAACUGGAUCCUGUGGACAUACAGCAGGGUGAUGUGGUGAUGUAAUUCUUCCUUUAGCCAUAGCUUAUUUACAUUGUUCUGAUAAUAGCUCCCAAGCUGCUGAAAGCCAGGUUACUGUGACUGACCAAAAAGCUGCUGGUUUGGCUGUAUUAAGAGCCUUCUAUGAUGUUGCUCUGUCUGGACAGAGUAUGUGGUGAUUGAUUGUACAGCAAAGCUGAUGUACAGAGCAAUACACGUGGAUAAAGGUGCCUCAGGCCUGUUCACCACCGAAGGAAUACAAAGGGAAUUCUUAACCUGCUUAUUUUUGUAGUGGUUUUCCUAAGUCUUGUCUAAAGUUGACUUUUCUGCCCUUUACCUUCUUGUUGAGGUCAGUAGCUCAGCCUCUGUAGCUUUGGCUGGCAUUAACCAGUGCACCAUUUGGGCCUGCUCACAGCAAGGCUGUGCAGUGCCGAAGAUGAAGCUCAAACACGCUGGGCUGGGCUGAGCUGGUGGCUGUGGGAAGGUUGGGGGCAGAAAUUAAACAUGUAUGAAGCAGUGGUGCUUUCUGAACUGCUAACUCCUGCAUUACUGCAAAGCCUGGCAGGGAGUAAGCCAUUCAACUUCUUUAUGUCUUGUUGGAAAAGUACAAGACUCAAUCACUGCCCUGUUAGCUAUAAGCUGGAGAUCAGAAACAACAUCUGCUGGUUUGGACUUUCCUUUGAGAAAUAACAUGGAAACUGGGUGUUAACUCCUUCUCACUGAUGAUUUGGAGCUUGCAGAUGCUCAGCCAAGUCUUCAACUUCCCUAUAGCACAGCGAGAGCCUGGCCAGGAUGGCUGGAAGCCCUGUGGAGUCCCUGGCUGGUGGCCUGGCCAGCACAGGGUGUCAGCAGCUCUGUGGGCCAGCAGCGCCAUCUCGAGUCACCGCCUCCAGGCAGCCUCCUGCCUGCAGUUCAGAUGCUACUCCACUCCACGGUACCUUUUAGUCCUCAGUCACUCCUUUGGAAAUGACUUGCCACCUGAGUGUUUUACACAUCUGUGGAUUUUUUUUUAAUGCAUUGCCUUUAUUAAAUGUGUGUUUUCUCAGACAGCCUUACUGCCUGCUGUCAACACUUUUGCUCCUCCAGCGCUCCUCGUCUUUUGUUGUCCUCUAGCUUUAGUGAUGAUUUACUGACCUUGCCAGCUUUCCUUUCUUUUGUGUUGAGCAAUAAUUAAAAGGGCAGAGUUUUAAUUCCUUUUCCUGUCCAUCUGGCGUUGUCUCAAGUCCAUGUUCAGAGACUCACCAGCAGCAGGUGAGCUCGCCUGGAUUUCUGAGGGCUUUCUGCAGAUUUCUGCAUUUUGUAUUGCUACACUCCUAAAUAUUUUGAGAAGAUCCCUACUUUUGCUCUGAGAUGACAUGACAAUGUUAAAGUAUGUAAUCUUCUGUGAAAGCUCAAACAGGUGAGUGCCUGAGCUGCAGUCCUCAGACUUGGUGUCUUAAAAUAGAGGCGGCUGUUGGAGGGUGUCAGUGUGCUAACUCAGCAUUACUUCCACCUCAGUUUCAGAACACUGAACCUGAUACUUUCCACACUUACAUCACUCAAAUUCCUGAUAUAAAUAUCUUGGAAAGCAGUGGUAUAGAGUAGAGAGAGACUGGUAUAUUUUCAUGAAGUCACAUGAAAGCUACUGCAUUUGAAGUUUGUGCGGCUAACCUUUUUAUUCCUGCUGUCUGCCCACCUGCUGCAGUUCCUAGCCUGGUCUGAUGAAGUAGUGGAUCUAUGUGGUUGGUAUCUCUGCUGAUGUGCCAUGGUGUUUAAAAGCUGCUGGUCAGCUUUGAGGAAUAGAGCUUGUGUCCCUGAGUCACAGUUUCAGGCUCAGUUUGCAGUUUGGGAGGGAAGCGUGCCUUUGGCUUGCAGUCACCAGCUGUGGGUACACAAUGACAUUUUAGUUGUCUGGAGUUGAACAGAGAAAUGGGAGUGCUUGCUCAUGCAGUGCAAAGUCAAGCUGGAAUGGAUUGCUGCAGAACAUGGUGAGGAACAGAAGUGUAACUGGGUUUUUUUUAAGAAGGAGCUGGUUAAACAAUGGUCUGAUGCAUCUACUAACUCAGGGAGAUUUUAAGUUCCUAUCAAAAAGAAAGUUAUGCCAAGGGAAAAUUACUUUUCUACCUGUUCUGUCUCUUAAGAAUUGAUCAUAGAUGGAGAAAAUAUAUGCAGGGCAAGGUGAAACACUGAUCUGAUCUUGUGGGAUUGAAUCUACUCUGACAGUUGUGAACCAAAGUAAUUUUAAAAGCAGUCUCAAAUUUAUUUAUCAAAACCCCUUGUAUCCGUGUGCAAGAUGUGCAAAUAACUCUAGUGCUGGUGGCAUAAUUGCUGAAAUGCUGCCUCUCCUGCAGGGGUGAGCUCCUCAGAGGGAGAGCCUCUUGUAAAUGUCUUGCUCUGUGCAGAAACACUGUUGGGAUGGUCCUGUUGCCUUAGACUGUUCAUGGGCAGUUUGCCUCAGUUUUUGAUGCUGAUGGAAACGUAGCUGUGGAUUACUUAUGCUUGGAGUGGAAAAGCAUUGCUGCUUUCCAGGCAAGUGAUGCAGGGCCAGGAAGCUUCCUGAUGCACAUUUCUGUGAGCAUGAGCCACCUUGUGGAAAAAAUAAAUGGGCUGCCAAAGACUAGAGAGCCACAUCCAUUGAAAUCAGUAAUGCAUUUACCUGUACUGCUCAAAUAUAGGUAAAUGGGUUCAACCAUUGUCAUAACUCCUAAAUGCUAGGAUUUGUGGGGUUGGAGUUUGUUUUUUUUUAUGCCUCUUGUGCCCCCUUACCCUCAUCCAUAUGUGAAGUACAAGGAGGUUAGUCAUGGAAGAGACCUCAUCUCCUCCAUAAAGCAUCCCCAACCGAACACAGUGAAGCAGAAAGCUGACCUGUAAGGACUUACUGCUUGUAGGAGCCCUCAGAAUCAAGGAUGUUGCUGUGUAAAAGGUGACUGCACCUUCUGGAAACACUGCUCCUGGCCUCUACAGCCUCUCACAUGUAUUUUCACAUAUGCAUCAUAUAUUUAAAAAACAAUAAAAAGCUUUUUCCUUUCACUAGUCUGUCAGUACCUAAGUCCCAUCAACAACACUCUUUGUAGCACUAACACAAUGAUGCUGUCAAAAGGAACAGAGAAAAAUCUGUGCUGUUUUGAUAAUAGGACAUGUAACUUUAUGACAGUAACUGAACAGAGUAUUUGGAUCCUUAAGGUGAAACUGGACAUAAAUAUUUAACAAAAAAAAAAAGGCAAUUUUUGCUGAGACUUUGACUUAACUGCAGAGCUCCUCCAGGGACUGAAACGUUCAACUCCCACAACACAGCCUGGUCUCGUCACGCUCUGUCUACAAAGGAAAAGUGUAAGAGGAUGAGAUUGUGACUAAGUCAGUAAAUCACUAAAAUAUUUUAAAGCAGGAGAUUUUUUUUUUCCCCCUCUUGACAGGCUCAUGAAUUUGGAAAAUAUGCCACAAAACAAAGUAGAACACCAGAGGGUAAAAUGAAUGAAAUCUUUAAAACUACAGCUUUUGUUACUCCCCGCCCCCCCCUUUGAGUCUUUUCUGCAUCUGCAGAGCUUUUUCUAUUCCCUGCUUCCUACUUUAGAAGUCCAAAAUACUCAUAACAGAAACUGGUAUUACAUGAGGAUUCAAGAUGGGAAGGAGGUGGGGGUUUUAAUUUAAAAAUAUUAAAAUUCCACUUCUGAUUUAUGUUUUACAAUCUUAUCUUUGCUGGAAUGUCUGAAAUGAUGAUGUGUUAUCUAGAUGCAUUCUUACAUGUUAAUUAUAAACACUACAGGUCCUUGUUUUUCUACCUGUGCUGCUCAGCAAUCUGUGCAAUCUGUUUUUAUCAAGUGUCCUGUCCUCCACAUUGUCCUUCCUAUUGCUGCUUGUCACUGUGUCACUUCCUUUUAAUUCCUGGACAAUCCCUUUUUCCAGCAGCUCUCCUCGCAUUAACCUGACAGCAUUAGCUUCUCCCAUCUCCUCCUGUUCACAUUUUUUCACAGUGUUUGUCAAAGUUGAAUUGUAAGCUCCUUGGGGCAGGCCUGUGUCAUCUUUUAUGUGUUUGUAAGGUGAUGUGCACUCCUGCAGUACUAUCUAAAAAUAAAUGUGGUAUUGAGUUAAUCAU